CGGGGGAGUUGUCAGUGCGGGCGGACCCAGAUUUCAACCUUGUAAAUACUGUUAUUUGUAUAUACUGUAAAUGAUGACAUCGGUGGGCACUAACCGAGCCCGGGGGAACUGGGAGCAGACACAGACACAGAGCCAGACGCAGCACAAGCAGCGGCCGCAGGCUACUGCAGAACAGAUUCGACUUGCACAGAUGAUUUCGGACCACAAUGAUGCUGACUUUGAGGAGAAGGUGAAACAACUGAUUGACAUCACAGGCAAGAACCAGGAUGAGUGUGUGAUUGCUCUUCAUGACUGCAACGGAGAUGUCAACAGGGCCAUCAACGUGCUACUGGAGGGCAAUCCGGACACGCAUUCCUGGGAAAUGGUUGGGAAGAAGAAAGGUGUCUCAGGACAGAAGGAGAGUGGACAGACAGAACCCAGUGAAGAAAGCAAAGAAAACCGGGAGCGGGAGCGGGAUUUCAGCAGACGACGUGGCGGGCUGCCAAGGCGAGGGCGAGGUGCCACCCGUGGAAGAGAGUUUCGGGGCCAGGAGAAUGGACUAGAUGGUGGUAAGAGUGGAGGAUCUUCUGGAAGAGGAACGGAAAGAGGGAGGCGGGGACGUGGCCGAGGCCGAGGUGGCUCUGGACGGCGAGGGGGAAGAUUUUCUGCCCAAGGCAUGGGAACUUUCAACCCAGCUGACUAUGCUGAGCCAGCCAGCACGGAUGAGAACUACGGGAAUAGCAACAACAACACGUGGAACAACACUGGGAGCUUUGAGCCGGAUGACGGCACAAGACUUGAUUUCAUUGGGGGUGAGGGGUCAAAUUAUCCCCGAAAAUUUGACACUGCUCCUGGUACGAUACAUCCAGGUGCAUGGAGGGCAGCGACAGAAGAAUGGGGCACGGAGGACUGGAAUGAAGAUCUGUCAGAGACAAAGAUCUUCACAGCUUCCAAUGUGUCUUCAGUGCCUCUGCCUACUGAGAAUGUGACAAUCACAGCUGGACAAAGAAUUGAUCUUGCAGUCCUGCUAGGAAAGACACCCUCUUCUAUGGAAAAUGAGUCAACAAACCUGGAGUCAUCCCAGACUCCUUCCUUGGCGCAGCCACUGGUGUUCAGCAAUUCUAAGCAGAGUGCUCUAUCCCAACCUGCCUCUGGAAACUCCUUCUCUCACCACAGCAUGGUGAGCAUGUUGGGGAAAGGAUUUGGAGAUGUCGGGGAGGCCAAAGGCAGCAGUACUACAGGGUCGCAGUUUCUGGAGCAGUUCAAGACAGCCCAGGCACUGGCUCAGCUGGCAGCUCAGCACACCCAGCCUGCUGGGAGCGCCACUGCUGCUUCCUGGGACAUGGGAUCCACCACACAGACCUCGUCUCUGGUGCAGUACGAUCUCAAGAAUCCAACAGACUCUUCUGUGCAUAGUCCCUUCACCAAACGUCAGGGCUUCACAUCAACUUCAACCAUGAUAGAAGUGUUCAUGCAGGAGAAACAGCCUGUGGUGACUGCCUCCACAACCACACCGGCACCCCCAUCCUCACCACUGCCCAGCAAAACCAAUCCGGUUCCCCAGAUGUCCCCAGGGUCCUCAGACAACCAGUCCUCAAGUCCUCAGCCAACACAGCAAAAGCUCAAGCAGCAGAAGAAAAAAACAUCGUUAACAUCAAAGAUUCCUGCACUUGCAGUGGAAAUGCCUGGCUCGUCGGAUAUCUCAGGGCUAAACCUGCAGUUUGGGGCGUUACAGUUUGGUUCAGAGCCUGUUCUUGCUGAGUAUGAAUCAACGCCCACAACCAGCGCCGUUGUUAGCCAGUCUCAGAGCAGCCUCUACACCAGCUCGGCCAGUGAAUCGUCAUCCACAAUUUCGUCCAAUCAAAGCCAGGAGUCUGGUUACCAGAGUGGCACAAUACAGACAGCAACAUUUACCUCCCAGAACGGUGCUCAGGGACCACUGUACGAACAGAGAUCCACCCAGACGAGGCGAUACCCGAAUUCUAUCUCUUCCUCGCCCCAGAAAGAUCUGACCCAGGCUAAGAAUGGUUUCAGUUCUGUACAACCCACGCCAUUACAAACCACACAGGCUGUUGAAGGUGCUACGGGCGCUGCAGUGAAAUCAGAUUCCCCCUCUGCUCCCAGUAUUGCACCUCUCAACGAUGGGGUGUCUGCAUCAUCCUUGCUGACAACAGCCAGCCAACACUCAACAGCUCUGAGCAGCCUGAGCCACAGCGAGGAGCUCCCCAGUACAACCACUGCCCAGCUCAGCAGUGCAUUACCCACCCAGCAGAACAGUCUGUCUUCAUCCACAUCCUCUGGGCGAACAUCAACUUCAACUCUUCUGCACACAAGUGUGGAGAGUGAAGCAAGCCUCCAUUCUUCUGCUAGUACUUUCUCCACCUCCUCCAGCACAGUGUCAGCUGCCCCAUCAGUUGUCAGCGUUUCAUCAAGCCUCAGCAGUGUCAGCAGCCUGGGCCUCAGCCUCAGCAGCAACUCCACAGUGACAGCCUCUACUCGCAGCUCUGUUGCAACCACAUCAGGUACUUUCCCAGGAAAAGCCCCUCCCAAUCUCCCUCCUGGAGUCCCACCGUUGUUGCCUAAUCCAUACAUCAUGGCUCCAGGGUUGCUACAUGCCUAUCCGCCACAGGUGUAUGGAUAUGAUGACUUGCAAAUGCUCCAGACAAGAUUCCCGUUGGAUUACUACAGCAUCCCAUUCCCUACACCCACCACACCACUGACUGGAAGAGAUGGCAGCCUGAGCAGCAAUCCAUACUCUGGUGACUUAACAAAAUUUGGCCGUGGUGAUGCCUCUUCCCCUGCUCCUGCAACAACUCUGGCACAGCCUCAGCAGAGCCAGACCCAGACUCACCACACCACGCAGCAGACGUUCCUGAACCCGGCACUGCCUCCUGGCUACAGUUACACCAGUCUGCCAUACUACACAGGGGUACCAGGGCUCCCCAGCACCUUCCAGUAUGGGCCCGCCGUGUUCCCUGUUGCUCCUACCUCUUCCAAGCAGCAUGGUGUGAAUGUCAGCGUCAAUGCAUCAGCAACCCCUUUCCAGCAGCCCAGUGGCUAUGGCUCUCAUGGGUACAGCACUGGUGUAUCCGUGACAUCCAGUAAUACAGGUGUGCCAGAUAUCUCGGGCUCUGUCUACUCCAAAACUCAGCAAUCCUUCGAGAAGCAGGGAUUUCACACUGGAACCCCAGCAGCCUCCUUCAACCUGCCUUCGGCACUGGGCAGCGGCGGCCCCAUCAACCCUGCAACAGCAGCAGCAUACCCUCCCACCCCUUUCAUGCACAUCCUCACCCCGCAUCAGCAGCCUCACUCGCAGAUCCUCCACCACCACCUGCAGCAGGAUGGGCAGAGCGGCUCUGGGCAGCGCAGCCAAGGCAGCUCCAUUCCCCAGAAAUCCCAGGCCAACAAGUCUGCCUACAACAGCUACAGCUGGGGUGCCAACUGAGGCCGGGCCCCCUUGCCACCACUUGCUUCCGGAAGAGAAUCUCAGUGACCCCGAUGAUGAGGAAGGAUCCCAGGGAGGAGAGAGCCCUGUGGCAGAGAGCACCCGGGCCCCUAGCCCCAGCAGGGCCCCGCAGGGCAGGCCGCAGGCACCUCUGCGUUGUCUGUCUUCAGCCACUUUCCUGUUGUAUGUAAUAUAGAAUUUGUAUUUUUUCUUUUUUUUUUUCCUUUUUUUUUUUUUUCUCUCUCUCCGCAUUCAGAUCUGAACCGUUUGCCGUAGGGGCCUUUUUUGGUUUUUACUCCUUUCUAUCCCCUCUCCCAUCCAGCUGCCCCACAAUCUCUCAGAUCCAAAGGAGUGGAAGCUGCGAGUCGCCUACAGCAAACCCCCUUAUUAUUAGGAUUAAGACCAGUAAUUGAUAUGAGCAGCAUUGUAAGAUUAAUUAGUUGAAGUGUUUUUUUUGUACUGUGUUCUAAAUUUAAUGGAUAAAUGUGUCUUGUAUAUAAAAACAAAAACCCCAUGCU